GCCACCUAACCUAACCUGCAAUAUGGUCAGAUAUUUUCACCGAUUGUGUAUUUGCGGUUUACUAGCGUUAUCUAUUGUGUUUUACGAAUAUAUCUACCAACAUGGCUUUAAACAAAGGCAAACGAGCACGCGGAAGCAAUUUCACCAAGGAGGAGGAACUGCUACUCGUGCGUAGUGUCUGUAUUAGCUGGGGAAAUUACACAUCGAAGAAGUUAAAAACGCCCAUGUCAAAAAGACUUAGACAGACGAAUUCUACUAGCAAAAAUUUAUUUUAUGAAAAAAAAAUUAUGUUCGCAGAAGAAGAAAUUGAAAGAAGCAGACUAGAACAAGAAGACAUUCUGAUCAAGAGAAAGAGGGAUGCAGAGAAACACGAGUGGGAAGGGGAACUACAUAGAAAAAAACUUGAACUUUUAGAAAUAGAAAUAAAACAAAGAAUGCUUAACAAUUAGUUGUAUUGAAUAUAGAUUUAUUAUAAA